UCUAUUGGUAAACAUUGCAGUGUCAACGGAUCAAAAAAUAACCUUUCAAACACUCCGAUAAUCGUUUGAUACUUAAAGUAAUUUUCAUUUAAGUAAUUUUUCAGAAUUAAUACGAUUAAUACUUGGCGCUCCGUCAGAUUGUUCUCUCAUGACUUUUUCUGCUGAGAAGGCGACGACAAAAAGUAAUGGAAGUAACGUGACAAAUGGGCAAGACUCAAGUGGACCGGUUUAUUUUUACCGGUUAUUUGCACGUCUCGCCUGCAGUCUUUCGAACGCGCCUUAACCUUUAAAUACAUUUCGCGCCAAACUAUGCCACGUUUGGCAUCGCAUUUUUCAAUGCUGUAAAGAGGCUUAUGCCUUUUUUUAAAUGAUUUUCAGACAUGAAUAUGGAAGUGGAAGCUUCUAUAGCCGAGCGCCUGCAGAAGCUGAGGCAGUGGCAGUUUGAGCAGCAGGAGAGACUGCUAAAACAACAACGAAUACAAAGGGAGUUUUUGAGCCACGAGCAGGAUCGUUUUUACAAAGCAUUCGGCUUGUCGACUUCGCACGACUUCAGUAACAUUGAAAGUACAGACGACACGUGUAUCGCGCCUGAAGUACAAAUAAAUGCGAAAGAAACCACGUCUGGCGAAGCUCCAAUGCUUCAAUGCGAUGCGGAGAAUUCAGACGAUACACUAGAGAUAAUUGACGAAGAGGAGUCAACGAAUGCCGACCCGUCGUACGAAAACUGCAGCGAGGAGCAAAGCGACGAGCAAAGCGACGAUUCAGAUCGCGCCUCCACGGUUGUCGACAGAAGCGGAAGUUCCAUGAGAGAUCCUGGUGUAUCGUCGCAGGGACUGGGCGAUUCGUUGAUAGAAGGGAUAGAACCGCUGUCGUUGGAUAACAAAUGCGUUUCGCUCGACGACGUUCCUCUCCCGUCACCUAGGAAAGAUUUCCAGACGUUGCUGGAGGAGAAACUGAAGCGAGAGCCGGAGAGCACAUCGAGUGCGCGGACCGACGCGAGAGUCAAGCCGAAGAGACCGUUCCUGAAAAAGGGCCAAGGCUUGUCGAGGUUUAAAAUGCCCACAGAUCUGCGUCUUUCGUCAGCGCCUCCGAAGAGGUCCAACGCUUUAUCAUCCGACACGCGACGCGUCGAUAAGAGCAAGAAAUCCGCCGCGCAUAAGCAAGCACCUGCGAAAACUUUGAGCAACGUUUCCGUCGCGAAGCGACGGUCAAACACGAAAACUGUUUCUCUACCGGGGAGGAAGGUUCCCGGUAAAUCCGCCGCUCUUGAUCGAACCGCGCAUAACGUUGCUUCCACUCGAUCGGGACACCCGCCGGAAGCGAACGUGUCGGAUUGCGAUUCGAAAGCGGCGAGAGAAGAAGCGGAGGAGGUGAGGAUCUUCGAGCUCUUGGAGGAGAAAGCGGAGAACUCGAGCUUCUGCUCGACGUCGAGCACCGUGCUCGCGUUUCUGCAGCAGUCGACGCCGUUUAAAGUGAGGGGCAGAUUGAAUGAAGCUGGGAGGGACAGCGGUGCUGCGGCGAGUGUGUCGGCGGCUCUUCGGCAGGUCGCCCAGGCCGGAAGUUCGAAAUCUAGCGUACGACGCCAGGACGAGCCUCGUAAACGACCCCACGCCAACGUCGACUCCUACUGGGACACCGUGACGGUCGACAACCUGCCGGAAGACACGCGUAAUUACUUUGCGUCCGUUAAUCGAGCGUUGCAGAGCGGCGAGGCGUACACGAGGCGUCCGGAAAAUUACGACGCGGUAUCGAACAGCGACGAGGAAAGCGACGCUUUCGCGGGAAACGCUCGCAACUUGACGCGCGACAGCGAGGCGGACGCCAGCCAUCACGUUAGAUUCUCGGAGUACAACGAGUACAGAACCAUAGACUUGAUCGACGUGUCUGACACGGCGAGCAGUCCCCCUUUGAGAGAUUAUCUCGAGCGGGAGAAUUGGGACGAUUGUUCCAGCGACACGUCGGGGUCGUCCAAGGGCCAGCCGUUUGAUCGCGAGGAACGAAAUUCCCCCCUGCAGAUUGUCAACAGCGAGAAGGCAGUUGACGGUUCGAGACUGUCUUUGCAGCAAGACGUAGCAAGGCGCGACAAGAGAGAGUCGUACAGUCGCGUAAUGAAAACCGCGCUCGUUUCCGAGGAAGAGGAUAUUUUGAGUUACAAAGACGAAUCGCCUGACGAGGAAGCGUGCUACGACAACGAGCGUGCGCCGAUAAUCGAGGGAAUUGUCCGAACAUCCGACGAGGAUCGGUCAGUCUUGUCGUCGUCGUCGUCGUCGUCGUCGUCGUCGUCGUCGUUGUCGGACACCCGGGAGUUGAGCACACGCGAGAGGAACGAGUACGCAUUGAGAGACGAGCCGGAAGAGAUAACGAAGAAGAUAGCGGAAGUGUGCUUGAAUUUGAGGGAGACCGGUCAUCAGCAGUCCGAGGGACGGACGAGCCAAGCGGGUACGGAGCUUCUGAAGAGCCGUCUGCUGGAGCUCGAGAAAGAAAUAGACAUAUUUCGGAAGGAGAGCUCGGCCCUGCUGCAGCAGCGCCGGAAGCUGCAAGACGAGGAGACGGGUCUGCGUAAACAAUACGCGGAGAGAGAGAAGAGCUUCGAGGAGAACAAGAGGAGGGUGCAGAACCAAUUGGAGGAGGAGAAGAGGAGAGUGACGCGCGAGAGGGCGGCGAUGGAGAACCGGAUUCGCGAUGCUCAGGAGAAGGCGAAGCAGAGCAAAGUGGAGAGGCAAAGGGCGCAGGAUCUGCGGGAGCAAUUGGACCAGCUGCGGGACGAGCUGAACGUGAAGGAGAGCAGGUGGAACGCGGCCGAGUCGAGAUACAAGAGCGAGCUGCGUGUGCUGCGAGUAGAAAUCUCCAAGUUGAAGCAGGAGAUCGCGGAUUUGCAGACUGUCAAGCGCACGAACGCGAGAAAUCUCAGGAGGACCACCGGGCAGGCGAUCACGCGGGCCAUCAAUCAGAUCAACAAGCGCGUCGUCGUGGCUCCGGCCAGAGACCCCCCUUCGACGAAGACGCGACGAGACUCGCCCGACACCUCGCCGGACACUUCCGUUCGCGACGAUGACGACGAGGACGGGGACAAGAGUGGCAACAAGUCGAUUGCAAGAGCGAUUAAUGCGAACGACGACUUCGGGCAAACAGAGCACGAUGUGUCCGUGAACAAAGUAAAGUGCAAACAAAUCGAGAUUGAAUCGCAGCCUGGAGGCGAUCAAAAAUUUCUGGAAGGAUUCCUGGAGAAGAAGCGGCUUUUAUACAAAAGCUUGCUGAAAGACGCGACCUCGGACCUGAUGGAAAGUCCAAGUUCAUUUUAUCAGAAGAGGGACACAGCGAGCGACUUCCAGCCGACGGCUACACAAAUGCAGAAUUUCAAUGCGAAGGGCAACGACAGGUUGCCCUACUCCGGUUCCGCGAGCGAGGACUUCGGGCGGGCAGCUUACGCUGCGACUGAUAUAGAGCGUCAUACCGACAGAUCGCGCGAGGCAAAUCGGGACUCGGAUGACAACGACGCGAGGAUGGAGAAGAACGAGAGGAAGGAUCGAGCAGCGUCGCCUGAGAAGAAUUUAAAUUCCACGUCGCAUCCCGCCCCCUCUCAGAGUCAGAUCGGCAGGGCGAGCGUGGACGCUGUGAAGCAGAUUCAGUUUUCCGACGGACGCAUAGAAUACUGGUACCCGAACGGCAACGUGAAGAAGGUUUUCCCCGAUCAGGAAGUGACGAAAAUGAUCUACUACAACGGGGACGUUCGCGAGACCGACAGGAACAGGAGAGUGAAAUACUUUUAUGCCGCGACUCGCACGUGGCACACAACGACUCCCGACGGUCUGCAGAUUUUAGAGUUUCCCGAUGGUCAAGUAGAAAAGCGAAUGUCCGAUGGAACUGUCGAGGUGUUGUUCCCGGACGGGACAGUAGCGCAGACUUUUAUUAACGGCGACAAGAUUCUGACUUUGCCAAACGGCCAGAGAGAAAUUCACACCAAAGAGCAUAAGAAACGAGAAUAUCCCGACGGUACUGUGAAAUUUGUUUACGCGGAUGGUACCCAAGAAACGCGUUAUUCCAGCGGAAGAAAACGGUUGAAAGACAAGGACGGUAAUCUCUUGAUAGAUUCGUACGACGGAUAAAUCUUUUUUUACCCUCUUUUUUUGUAAAUUAAAUUCAAUACUGAUUAAGAUAUACAUAUCAAGGGUCAAAGCAUAUACAAUGUGUUAUUAUACGUCAUCGCUUGUACUUGUAAAUAACGUCUGAUGUAUAGCAAUUAUUUUUACAAGAAGUUGAAACUUUAAGUCGAUUUUUUUUCAUUCAUAAUAAGCGAAUAAAUGAAGACUGAGAAUUUUUUAUGCACAGAAUAACUCCGCGAGUCAAUACGCUUACUUUAUAUUGCUGCACUGGUGAACUAGCAAUAAAUUAGAGUAAGACAAGUGUUAUAUAUGUUUUCUCAUUC